AUGGCCGGCUACGACAUCGAAGAGGGAGCUCUCUUGCGGACGUGCCAGAGCAAGGAGUCCGUGACCUCGGUGAACCGGUCAUGCAGCCAUUGCUCGGUGACCGUUCCCGGAGCUGGAGUCGUAGUCUACGACACGCCUUCCUUCGUUCAGGGCGCCCAGCGUAGCCAGCCCCUGGUGGACCCCAUCCGCACCUCGGUCUUCGAGUUGCUGAAGAUCGGCAUCGGGCCCUCGAGCAGCCACACCGUGGGCCCGAUGCUCGCCUGCCGGAACUUCGCCAAGCGCUUGGUGAAGCAGCGAAGGCUUUCCGAGGUCGUCUCGAUCACCGUGGAGCUCCGCGGCUCCCUGGCUCUGACGGGCAUCGGCCACGGCACCAACAAGGCUUGCGUUUUGGGGCUCCAUGGCGUCUCUCCUGCCGAGGUGGACCCGGCCACCAUUGAGCCCUUCCUGGCAGAGGUCAAGGAAUCUGGCAAGCUCAUGCUGGGCUUUCGGGGGGAGUUCAAGGAGAUCGGCUUCGUUGAAGAGGAGGAUAUCCUGCUUGUGGCAGAAGAACUGCCGCUGCAUCCAAACGCGAUGAUCUGUCGGGCGCUUGCCAACGAUUUCUCUUCCGUGCUUGAAACUCGCUACUACUCCACCGGAGGAGGCUUCAUCCUCAGCGAAGAGGAGAUGUUGGCAGCGGAGGGAGUGGGAAGCGGGAGUGCUGGAGGGGAUGCUGACAAAGCGCUGCCACCCCUGCCUUUGCCCUUCCGCAGCAUGACAGACUUGCUGGACAUCUGCCGGGCCCACAGCUUGGACAUCGCCAGCGUCGUGCGCAGCAACGAAGAGGCGCGCCGCUCUCCAGCGCAGGUGGCGGAGGGUUUGCAGGAGCUUUGGGCCGUGAUGGAGCAAUGCAUCGAGAGGGGCCUCGAGAAGCAGAAAGCCAACGAGGCCUUGCCAGGGCCGCUGCAGAUGCGGCGUCGGGCGCCUUCGCUUUAUCAGGCGGCCUUGGAGGAGCAGCGGCAGCGCCCUCGAGAGGAGACCGGAAGGGCCAUGGCGGUCAUGGACGAGCUGCGAUGGCUAAAUUGCUACGCUUUGGCCGUGAUGGAAGAAAACGCCACGAUGGGCCGGCUGGUCACAGCGCCGACCAACGGUGCCGCCGGCGUUGUGCCGGCGGUGCUGGCGUAUUACAUGAGGCACCUGCGAGCAGCGCAGGCGGAGGAAGAGAGGAAGGAGCCCUCCACGUACCUUCUGACGGCGGCGGUGAUCGGCAUCCUUGCAAAGGAGCGGGCGGUGAUCUCUGGAGCUGCCGGUGGCUGCCAAGCGGAGGUGGGAACUGCCACAGCCAUGGCGGCCGCAGGCUUGUGUGCCGUGCUCGGAGGCAGUCCGGAGCAGGUGGAAACUGCUGCGACGGUCGCUUUAGAGCACAGCCUGGGUAUGACCUGUGACCCAGUGCUUGGGCUCGUCCAGGCGCCGUGCAUCGAGCGGAACUCCAUGGGGGCGACGAAGGCGGUGAACGCCGUGGCUUUGGUCUUAGCUUCCGCAGCCUCGCCGUCGCCCUGGCUGAGCUUGGACGGCGUUCUUCGGGUGAUGAAAGAGACGGGCGCGGCCAUGGAUCGACGAUACCGUGAGACAGCGCUCGGCGGCUUGGCGGCGGACUAUGAGCGGAGCCUUGGGGCCACGCCGAAGUUGCAGGAGCAGGUGAAAGCCACGAUGGGCUUCAGCCGAAUUCAAACAGGGACAAGAAAGCAGCUGCGAAGGCAAGGCGGCCCCGGCGUGCUGGGCGAGGUGUUGGACCAUCUGAAGGAGGACCUGCAGGCCCUCCUACGGGCGAAGCGCACGGCGCACGAGGUCCGGCAGCAGCUCGAUGAGAAGGAGGCGAAGAUCGCAGCCAUCCACCAGGAGCUGCGGUCCACGAAUCUCGAGGAGCUCGAGGCGGCAGUGGCGCUGGCCAAGGCAGAAGCCAAGGAAAAGGCGGAGGAGUGGGCCAAGUUGAACGCUGGAAGGGAGGAUCCGCCCUGCUACGCGGAGUCGACGCGCCUGCAGAGGGAUUGCCAGGAGAUUUGCCAGCAGAUCCUUGAUGCGGAGAAUGAGACGACCUUCGUUCAGCGGCAGCUCGUGCAACUUCAGGACGAGCGCAGCUCCCUGGACGCUUCGGCACAGCAGCAUGAGCAGCAGGCGCUGUCCUUGAAGGAGAAGCGCGAAGAGAUCGAGCGGCAGAAGGAGCAGUGCGAGCGCUCCUUGGGGAACUUGAGCGACCUGGAGGCAGAGCUUCGGGAGGAGCAGGAGGGCCGCGACGCCUCGGCCCAGCGCCUGGCGGAGGCGCAGAGAGCACCUGGCGGAGAUCAGCGGGCAGUGCCCGUUGCCAGCAGUGCGGUGAUCCACAUAGAGCCAGAAAGCUCCCCCAAGCAGCGCCUGCUGCCGAGGCAGCCGCCCAUGAUGCCGGAGGUGCCGCCCUCGCCGCCUUGGGCGCCGGCAGCCUCCGAGGCGCCUCCGCCCGAAUCGGAGCCUCGGCCUCGCUCCUCGCGGCCCGCAUCGGCCCGCUCGGCGCGCUCGGCGGCGAAGUCGGCGGGAUCAGCGUCCUACGACGAAGACUUCGACGACGACGACUGGGAGGAGGAGUCGGAUCCGGAGGACGCCUGA